AUGGCGGCUCAAAGCUCCUCUCUGAGAGAAAUACUAGGCCCUAAUGUUGGAAUUGAUCUAGCUGCUGGGAGCAUGGGUGGAGUUGCGCAGGUUAUAGUGGGCCAACCUUUGGACACGAUUAAAACUCGUGCUCAGAUUGCCCCGAGGAUGGCCUCGCCCCUUCUUGGAAUUGCUGGUGUAAAUUCAUUGCUAUUCGCAUCCUACGCGAUCUCGAAGCGGAUUGUUUCGCCUUUUCCCGAAUUAUCUCUGCCAGAAAUUGCCGCUGCAGGAGCAAUGGCUGGCGCAGCUAAUUCCGUUCUCGCUAGUCCCGUUGAAAUGUUCAAAGUUAGGAUGCAAGGUCAAUAUGGAGCUAAAGGUGAUAAAAAGCUUUCGAUGGUAUUUUGGGAUAUGUGGAGGGACUAUGGAUUUAGGAAGGGCGUCAUGCGAGGAUUCUGGCCCCCUUUGAGACAGGCAACUGUAGCGCGCGAGAUACCGGCGUAUGCGGGCUUCUACACUGGGUACGAGUUCGCCAAGCGAAAAUUCCGUUCGAAGUACGGAAAUCAAGUCCCUGUGUGGGGGCUAUUAGCGAGUGGUUCUUGCGGUGGGGUUUUUCAACCUCUUGGAGUUCGCAAAGACGACUCUGUUGUAACAGAUAUGUUACUGGCUAUCCUGCUAUCCUCUUGCGGCCUUAUUACUUUGGUAGAUGUUGUCAAAUCUCGAGUACAGCUUGCGGAUACACCACCAAAAGGACUCGACUACAUUGCGCAGGAGCUUCGGGCUAUUGUAAGAGAAGGCGGAGCUGCCGGACUGUUUCGAGGGCUUUCGCCGUCGCUACUUCGAAGUAUUCCCGCGGCAGCGUCAACUUUUGCGGCUUACGAACUGACGAAAGUGUAUUGA